CGCCCACACACACGCAGCCGCAGAAAACCAAAACCAUUUCCCCCAUUUCCUCCCCUCCCCUACCCUACCAUGGACUUCUCCGGCGGCAGCGGCGGCGGCGGCGUCGCGUCGGGGAGGGUGCAGGCGGAGCGGUGGCUGGAGAUCGCCGGGAAGCUCCUCGCGGCGCGGGACCUCGUCGGGUGCAAGCGGUUCGCGGAGCGCGCGGUGGAGGCGGACCCGCUCCUCCCCGGCGCCGACGAGCUCCUCGCCGUCACCGACGUCCUCCUCGCCUCCCAGUCGGUCCUCCCCUCGGGCCAGGCCGACCCGCUCGCCGUCCUCCAGCUCCCCCCGUCCACCAACCCGGCCGACCACGCCGCCGUCUCCCGCGCCUACCGCCGCCUCGCCCUCCUCCUCAGGCAGGACACCAACCCGCACCCGGGCGCCGACGUCGCCCUCAGCCUCGUCCACGACGCCUACGCCAUCCUCUCCGAUCCCAACCGCCGCCCCCCGCCGCCCGUCGCCGUCGCCGUCCCCCACGCCCAUCCAGGCGCCGCGUCCCACCCAGCCGCGCCCGCCGCCGCCGAAUCCCCCGAGUUCUGGACGGCUUGCCCGUUCUGCUCCUACGUCCACCAGUACCAGCGCGAGCUCGUGGGGCGCGCGCUCAAGUGCCCCAACGAGUCUUGCCGCAAGGGGUUCGUGGCUAUUGAGAUCUCCACCCCGCCCACCAUCGUGCCGGGCACCGAGAUGUACCACUGCGCCUGGGGGUUCUUCCCCCUCGGCUACCCCACCUCCGCCGACCUCAAUGGCAACUGGAAGCCAUUCUACAAGAUGUUCCCCUGGAACAAUGCGCCCGCUGGUGGCGCCGGCUCGGGUGGUAGGGGGGGCUAUGGUGGCCGUGGUGGAGGCAGCGCUGGUCGGCAGCCGCAGAAUGGGAGCGCGCGGGGCGGGUCAUCCAGAGGUAGGGUGAAGAAGACGACCGCUCGCAAGAAGGUCGGUGCCGGGCUCAAGAGGCGAUCAUUCGGCGGCGUGGAGAGCGGCAUUGAGCCGAUGGAUGGGCAGGAUGGAUGGGGUGAGGGUGAGGAGGGUGGUGAUGGACAGGCAGAGGAGGUGAGGGGGAUUAACAUCAAUGAAGAGGCACAGUCUACAGAUGGUGCUACCAGGGGACAUGUUCACGCAAGGGGGAAUGUCAGCGGUGGGGUUGUGGACAUGGGCACCUUCCAUCUGGAUGUCGAUCCAUCGGAAGAUAUUUUAGGGAAUUUGCAGAACUUGCCCUUCUUGAGGGUUGACAAUCUUGGGCGGAUGCUGUAAUGGGCUAUGGCAUUUGUUGUGCUGGAGAAAUGCUGUAUGUUUAGCUGGGUCAAAACAGAUGUUUCAGGGACCGACCCUUACCGCUCUUGUUGUCGUUAUUGUUCUUGUGGCAUUAUCUCUUGUUGUAGUAGUAGUUUACCUUGUGUUUCUAGUUACUUAGCUGGCGGUGGAGUCCCAUAGAAGUCCUAUAUGUGAGUUUGUGGUAUCUCCAAAUUAGCUGGGAUAUGUAUUCUGUCUUAAGCAAACAAACUUGUGGAGUUCUCUCAGGAUGAAUUUAGUGAUUCAUGGAUGGGCGAUCACUUCGGUUUCUUCUAGGGCAAUGGCGAGACAAGUCACUGAGAGAAAGUGAGCAUAUCGGCUGCCAAUGAUGGAUCACAGAUUGUCUGAGCGCAGUCCGACUGGCUUCUCCGGCCGUUUGGUCUUUUGCUUGGAACCAUUGCUGGAUUCAUUAAUUCAUGUUCUAUGGUGGGUAAGUAUUGAUUCAUGCUCUAUGGUAGGUACUAAUUCAUGUUUUAUGGUGAGUAAAGAGUUGUGGUGUUGUCGAGUCUUUGCUGUAUGGUGAGUUGUAGUGUUCUCGAAUUCUCUUUGCUGACAACGUGGUAUUCUGCCCUUUUUGUGAGAGGGAGGGAGCUGGUAUAUUCCUAGUGUUGCAUGAGACAUCUCAUUUCCUGGAUUACUCUGGAAAGAUUCUCGUGUUCCCGUGUGCCUAAAUGCUGGCAGGAUUUUUCAUGUUUUUGAAGUGGGGGCAUGAGUCUGAAUGCUGCCAAUAGUGACUGCACCGAUGCAAUCGAGUACGAUUCAUGGACCUUGGAUUCGCAUGUCAUAUGACGAGUGGCAACCGGGUUUGAGUGAAAAAUCAGUGGCAAAAUUUAUCCACCAAAUUUCAUCGUUUUGUAAAGGACACGAUCAUAAAUUAUAGAGUAGCAUCAAGCACACAACCCAGUUUGUCCAAUUGUGUAUUGCAUCACUUCCUAUGCAGCUUGUCUUGAUUUCAUAUUCAAGCAUUAAGCACCGGUUCUCCGAUGGUACUUCAGAUAUGGCAUUGAUACGGGCUAUACUAUACAGUCGCCGUGGGUUUAGAUGAUUAUCCAUUGUCUUUAGCGCUGCGAGGCAAUAUUGAAGUUGAGCAACCUGUCAAUGCUACAUUCAGCUACAUUCAGUUGUAAUUCUAAGCUUCUAGCUCCUGAACUAUAAUCAGAAGCUCAAGUCCACAGAUCAUGCUAUGGAACUCCAAUUACAAUGGAUUCCUUUACCUUUUUUUUUUCCCAUUCACAAAGAACAUUACAGAGGUUGCACGAUCUCUGGUUCCUCUAUACGGACACUUUCCAUGUAUCAAAAAAAGCAAUCAUAUGAACGACUCCUAAGGGGAUCUUUAGAUACAGAGCAGAAUACCAUGCUCAUAAACCAAACGAAUCACCUCACUCACCAACGCACAAGGGCAAACAAUUUUGUUGGUGUGCCAUCUGGAAGGAUGAACCAUGUAG